ACUCUAUCUUCAGUUCCGUGCGAUUAUCAUCAUCGGGUUUGUGCCUCUGCUCGUUCGAUGCCGAGUACUUUACGAGCCGUGUUUUUGAGGAAGACAUCAUCGCUCUGCCCAGCAACAGUCGAGAACCAGUAGUUGCAGCACAAGUGCCUCAGCUGUUGUGAUCAUUGCAACUAUGGAACCACCAGGCUGUCUGCUCUCUUCAUGCACAAGUGCCACCACACAGGCGGGAAGUUACUUCACUGUCACUAGUGCUGCCCUUGCAGUCUUUCGCACAAGAGCAACUUCAAGACACUGGUUGAUAUCCUUUGCACGGUCUGACCACCUGAGCAGUCACUUGAGCAACUGUACACUGCCGUUAUAUGUGUUAGAUGGAUUACUAACCUGAAUAGGCACCAUGAUAACUUGGCACUAUGUAGAGUUGGUAACUUGCAGUCUAGGUGCUCCUCAUGAAAUAAACAAUUGGGACUGUGCAACUGUGUCCGAUAUGAGCUGCAACACCGUGCCAAUGGUCUAUAGAGCUUCAAGACUGCAUGACAGCACCAACAUAUGAAGCAUUGAACUAAAGACCCGUCUCAGUUACUGGCAUUUGUUAAACCAACGUUUCGUAUGUCUGUGCCAACGUGCAGUACAGUUUUAAUGCGACAGCGUUAAGGGCCCCGUGUCGCAGAAAAUCCAGUGUCGGCGUGCGAUGCGGGUGGCGGAGAAAAUCAUCCCCAACCACCCUGGCAGCGCAGGCCCUCCACGUGGUGCAAGGUUUUGGUGAACAAAAAUUGAAUUUCUCACAGUGAAAUCCGUCAGGAAAAUGGUAAAGUACGACUUUACCAUUUGGCGUCGGAUUCGCCGUUGGAUUGUUUACCAAUUGGCAUCCGAUUGUAAGUUGAAUGUACGAGAAAACAUAAUUCUGCUACGAGGAAGCUGAAACACAAACCCCUUUUCUAGCAUUUCUGCCAGACCUACAGCUGUGCGUUGUGAUGGGAACGGGUCCCGAUAACGCUAUCGCUUUCUACUCUUAAAGGCGAAGCUUAAGCAUCCUCCAAUUUUUCCAGCCUCUUUGACAAGGGCACCAAGUUCCAGCCCACAUUGAACGCAACCGUACAUAUAUGUGCAUUGAACUGCACAAGCCUGGUUGCAUUCUUGUGCAUCAAAGAGGACAAGUGUGACUAUGUGCUGUCGUAAACUGCAAUGUACAGUCUCUUCAAAGGAUAUUCCAGCAGGAUAUAAUAAGAUGUUUCAUCAUGUUCGAAUGUAACUGUGACUGCCUGCAGUGAAGGUUAAAGAAGCUCUUGUUUUAAUGAGAUUAUGUCUGUUUAUGAGACCAUGUUCAUGUGGUAUUUCUUUAUGUGAAGACAUAAGAAACUUAAAAGUGAACAGCAAUACUUGCUGCCGGGCUAUCUGGUACAUGAUAACUGGAGCGAAAUAGACGCGCAACAACCACGGAAGGGAGACGAGAAAGAAAAGUGCACAUUUCGUAUAUUCAUGUAGCAAUGCUAGUUAUACAGCAAUGACCUAAGAAGACAGAAGAAAGCCACAUAGGUGCGUAUGUAUGUGCAUUUUUCUGUCCUUGGCCACUUUGCACUUUGUUUUUCUUACGUUUAUCAAAGACUAUGCAUUCAGUAUUGUGGCUUAAUGCUAGCCCGACAAGUUAUUUGUUAAUAACACCUUGGUUUUCCUCUUUCUCUACCUUCAUCUGUGUCACUCGUAUUGAAAAAUAAUAAAGUGUUUGCGCUAUUACUAUACAAAAUAUUUACAACUAGGCGUAUUAAUUUUUGUUGUUGGCUUUAGCUAUGUAAAUUUUUCUGCACCUGUGCGACUGGUUCUUUUGGUGUUAUUGUCUAUGGCAUGAUAUGAUGCAAUCUUUGUAUUUUUCAGCUUUUUCUUGUCUCCAAGUUCUAGGACUGGUGUUGCUACUAGGAUAUUUUUUUUUGUUGUUAUAUUCAGAUCAAGGUUUUACAUUUCUUCUUAAACAUAGAGGUUUCCUUACAGCAAGGGAGUACUUAACUGUGAUCGAGAAUUUAGUCAACACUAUCUGUUUCACAGUGUGAAAUUUAUGAUCGUGUAUAAGGAAUGUGCAUUGUUAAUUCUUGUUGAUAUUUGAAUGAUUGCACUAAUAGCAUCAGAUCUUGUUUCAUUAUCAUUAACUCGUAUUAAUUGUGUUUCGUUCUCCAAGAGAAUUCAGUGGUGGCACUAGAAAGCUGUUUCAUUAUUGCCAUUGAUUGCACUCAUUAUGAGCUCUUUAUGAGAAAUCUGAAUGUUGAGCGGGAUGUUAUGAUGCAUAUUCUUAGUUCAUUCCUUCACUGGUUCGACUACAGUACUAAAUACCUUGUUGCCACAAAUGUGCCACAUUUCUCCCGUUAUCUUUGUAUGAAGCCAUACUUUGACUCAGCCAUGCAAUAAUAAAAUACACUGUACACAGUGCCAUUAUUACUACUGCCACCGUAAAACUUGAACUGAAUGCGGGAGCCAGCUGCCCCCAUGACCGUCUGCUCUAUGAAGUCGUACCGGCUCGAAUGGAGACAAUAGUGUGGCCAGGUAUGUGACACCUGUUGACAGUAUACGUAACCAGUCAUGGCUCCGCUGACCCAGAGACAGGUGGUGGGUGCACAUCCCCAUUUCGGAGUCACACUAGCCGGAGGCUGCCUGGUGUCAGCACUGGGCCAAGGUUGGCUCAAUAUCUGUCGCUACAACACAAAAUAAAGGCAGAUGAUCAGAUAUCGGGGUGUAUACACUGUUUCCUGCUUGAAACGGGACACCAUGCAGUUUAGUCUACACCUUCAGUUUGAAUGGCAUGGACAGUGCCUGUCAGAGUGCCACAAGCGGAGCACCUUGCCAUUAUAUGGGAAUGCGCAUCCACUGCCUGUUUCUGGGUCAGCAGAGUGAGAACUUGUUACAUAUACAGUCGACAGACGUUGCAUGCCUGGCCAUACUCUCCUUGCACUUACAGCCGUUUCGAUUUCAUGGUGCAGAUGGUCAUGUAGGCAACUCUCUCUUGUGUUCGGGUUAAGUUUGAUGGUGGUGGUACAAGUGGGGGGGCAGUAGUACCGUAUUUACUUGAUUGUAACGGGCCCUCGAUUGUAACGCGCACCUGUUUUCCGUGACCAAAAGACCAAAAAAACAUCCUUUACAGUACCGCGCACUUCAUGCUUUCAUACAGAAAUAAAACUUUCACUGAUUUGGAAAAACAAGGAUUUACUCCCAAUGCGCUAAUGUUGCCAUGAAUAAAAGAUGUCGCAGUUUUGACCGAAAGAUGAAGCAUCGAUUGCGAUAGCAAAUUAGUAGACAGUGAUACGAAGUAAGGGUAGUAGUUUUAUCGACCGUAUAAACUUGUAAACAAUCGCUUACUAACUUAACAAGCAUAGUGUCACACGCACACAAGCGCUCGAUGACUGCGGAAACUCGCUGUCGAAACGCUGGAGUGACGAAGCGUGGCAGCAGCGGUGAGCAAAUUGACUCUCAUGCUAGCACGCCUCUCGCUUCAACGUGAACUAUAAGCAGCGAAAACACAGCGCGCGGCAGUAGACUCCCCGUCCCAUCACGGAUCGCUAUCAAGAUAGGGCCAAAGACCAUCGUAUGGCCGAAGAGGAUCGUCACAGAAUAGGUCCUGCUUCGGUCCACUGAAACCCUUCUGCGUUGCUUUGCUGGCGAAAAUCCUCUCCUCGUGUUAGCGUCAGUCCCGCGUGCAAGUUUCGGAUUCUCCAAACUCCCGUAACACGGCCCAAUUUCUGUCCGUCUCCCGCACACAUGAUCACUUUACUUUUAAAUGCGGUGUCAGAUGGACUCGGCACGUCUUGCUGGUAGGGCAAAUGCAGAAAACGGGAAGACUAAUGGUAGACUAAUGCCUUAGCAGAUGUACUACAGCACAUGGAGGAAGCUACGGCAACUAGGCUCGAAGUGUGUGCGAGGUGGCCAUUUUGAAAUGCCGAUGUGGCUAUGGUAACGUCGUACUUGACUCAAAAGCAACCGCGAUUUUUGGACUAAUUUUAUCGGAAACAAAGUGCGCGUUAGAUUCGAAUAAAUAUGGUAUGUGGCAAUCUUAUUUUCUAUACCACAACAAGAUUCUUUCAGAAUGGCACUUGUACCAGCCUCUGAUUGGAGUUUCUAAACACUAAAAUUAAUUUGGAGCCCGUGUUCUUUUGUUUUAGACUCAAGAAUUAGCUGUGCUUUGCUUCCUUUGUUUAUACCGCACAGUAAUGCAUCUGUUUUGGUUAAAAUAAGUAUGGGAGCAAAAGAGCGUUAUAAGCCCACUGGCCCAUUUAGAUGCUCAACGGAGUACUAGAAGUAUAACUUACAAAAUUUAUUUUGUGCUGUGUAAUGCCUGUUGUGUUGCAUCCUUUUGUCUUGUAAAAACAAUUAUAUAUUAAGGCACAUUGCUGGUUGCUUUGUCUACAAUGGUCAUCACCGUGGAAUACAUCUAUGGAGUGUAUUGCCUGUUCUUAGCUAAGAUAGCUCUUGGAUUGCGAGACCGCAUUCCUGGUUUACCUUUUUGGAAAUGUUCGUUUUCUUAUUAUUCAAUGUUCAUUAUUGAUCCACGUUCCUGUUUCUUGGUUAUUAAUAUCUUUCAGGCUUAGCAAAACAAACAGUGACACAUUAAAAGAACUCGGAUGAAGAAAAUAAGCAAGAGGAAAUGCUGAAGCAGCAUCUGACCACACUAUGCAGAGAUAAUUUGUGUUGUGCUUUGUUUUUUGUGCAUUAAGCACGUAGUAAAUAGCUCAGAUGAUGAAAUACCAGCAUAGAAGCACAUAAUACAUGUUAUAAUGGUGCUAUUUGACUAACGUCAUCUGAUCUCAAUUGAAGACUUAAUUUCCCGAGCAUUCUUCUUGUUGUCUCAGAUGGUUCAUUCUAUCGAAGAAAAGCUUUCGCUUUUGUAAGCUCAUUGACAAGGGGACGCUAUAGCUCGCAUUUAUACGAUUGCAUUGCGAACAACUAUGUGAUGUUGGAGGUUAUGCUUGUCCAGGAGAGUGGUUGUUUUGGCAUUCCAAUGGGAACAGCAGGUGCACCACACUUCUACUGUUUUGAUAAUGGCAAUGUCACCUUUAUUGCAAUGGUUACUGGUAAGUGCGCUGUAGUAAAGGGCCCACACUGAAAGAGAACGUCAACACAAUCACAAUGCGUAACACGUGCAAGUAUGGUGCACCAAUAUCAGUGCACCAAGUUUGUCGUUUAAAAGGAAAAUAUGCUAAAUAGGUCACGGUGAUAUAAGUUGUCUUGCAGCACUGUAGUACUUAUGUGUAAAUAGUUUUUAUGAUUAUUUUCAAAGAUAUCAUGAAAACUUCUGCACCAUGGCAACUUAGAAUGAAAAGCUUGUUGAUUUAUUCCGCUAGAGCGACAGCAUAUGCAAGCACUACGCUCCACCUCUCACUUCAAUAACUUUAACUGUGCAAAACUUUAUUUUUUUUAAGAAAGUAUGUUUGGAUUUUAUAAACCUUUUCACUAAGCAAUCACAUUUAUAAUGAUAUAAUAAUAAUAUGUAAUGAGCAAUUCAAAAAGGUUAACCAGCUGGGCUUUGUUCUGUCUUAUUUUAGAUCACCCUCAAGCUAAAGGCUCAAUAUUAGCACUAGCACCUGUGUGCAUUUCGUAAGUGCAAUUUUGUUUACAUUGUGCAGGGUCAAUUUAUUCUUCCUCUCCUAUAACUGCCGAGGAUGAGAAGUCGCAGCAAGAACGCCUCCACCACGGUGAUUUCUGUGACUGUGAAACUAUAGUACUGUUCUGUCUGGAAACACACACCAUGUUCCACACAGGCGAACGUUCAUUUAAAUGCCAUUUGUGCCCACAGAGUUUCUCACAUAGAUGCAACCUGAAUGAUCACUUGCACGUCCACUCAGGCAAGUGGCCAUGUCUGUGCCCCUCAUGCCCUCAAACUCUUGUGAGUAGCAGCCAUCUCAAGAGGCAUUUGCGCAUUCACGCAGGCAAGCGACUAUACCGCUGCACCAUCUGCUCCAAUUUCUUUGUGCGGACUGAUAACCUGAGGAUAGAUAUCGUUACGCGAACAAAGGAUGAAGCACUGGAGACUAUUUACAAUAAACCAUUUCAGUGCCCCUCAUGCCUUCAGUCUUUUGUGAAAAGCAGCAACCUCAAGAGACAUUUGCACAUCCACACGGGACCAUAUCACUGCACCAUCUGCUCCAAGUCCUUUGUACAGGCCGAUAACUUGAGAACACAUCUGAAAACCAUAAUGGCACACAGUAGACAGCAGUGACAUUGGUGUACUAUUUUGGAUAAAUGUAGUCUGAAUGUGAAAUCUACAUAGUACGUGUGCAGUAUACUGUGUGGUGGUGUGCGUUGCGAAGGGGCCACAAGUUUUGCUAUGUUUUGGCAUAUGUUGAACUGCAAAGAAAUUUGUUGUAGUGACACUGCUUGCAUUACAGUAACGAUAUUUAUGCAGUAUGCCUGUAUGGGAAAGCUCAACAAAGUUAUAAGAUAUCAUUCAUCAACUAUGCCUUGAGAACAGUUGUGUUUGUAGUAAAAAUAGCCAUGAUAAGUUCUGAAUGUAUAGCCAAUUAUUGGGGCUGCUUGGUCACCUCGAAACUUACUGCUGCAUAAAUGAACAUUCUUGUGAGUUUCAUGAUCUUGGUAAUCCUUUGAGACGCCAGUUGGUUGUGUUGAUUGAAAGCCUACUUUCACCGCAUUUCUUACAUCUUCAUAACCUUAAAGAGCUUACAGCUGCAGAAUAGAUUAGGAGUUUUCCGUUGUUUAGUGAGUUUUGUCAAGUUUACGGAAUGUGGAAUCUAUGCGAAAACUCACUGCAGGAACGUAAGAUAUGCAAACAUCGACUAUUUCAUGUCUACCAGGCUUGAAAAGCACCUCUCCAGCCACUCGAAAAUGAUGACUGGCGCAACACAUUGUAAAAAUCAAUGAAAGAAGUAAACCUGCUAUCUACAAUGACAUACUCACCGCCAAGCAAAAUACCCAACCAUCUACCUUCAUACUCCUUUUACUAAAACAAUUUGCUUGUGUAAUUCAAGCUUGCAGCAUUAUUUAAAUCUGAAAGAUUUCAAGCAGAGUGUCGGAAUGGAACGAAAACAAAAGCGAAACAAAGAUUUUAUUGACCGGAACGAAAACGUAACCGAAACGUUCUUUAUUAUUUUGUUUCGGAGUGAAACCGAAAUAUUUUGUAUCCCUUUUCAUUUAAGGGGGAAAGUCGGCAAUCCGAAACAACCGACGUAUGGCAACGUCCGAAUUAGCGCGUAUCUCAGGGGUCCGUAUGAACACCUAUCUCACGCAGGCAUAGUGCGACCAAUAGCCGGUCGAGCACUCCCCUAAUCUAAGCAUGCUGCUCGGUGCACUAGCAGAUCGGCAUGGUAGCAAAACCCAAGGCUUGCGUGCUAAAAGCUUAUCGUUUCAUUUUCUACUGGUACAACGCUUUGUUACCGAAGUUUUAUCCUUCACUUGUGUUCGUUUAAGUACGUCUUAACGGCAGUGUGGUCUCGAAAUACGGCGAGUACAUUCGAUGACGUGCUGCUUCUGAGAUCAUGCUCAGUGCCUUGACUCAAGGUGCUAAGCAUGAUCUUAGAAUUCACUUAUUGAGAAAAAUUUUCUGGUUACAUUGCUUCUAAAAUUUUUGCAUGCUAACCAAAACUGUUAUGAACUGUUACGCUUCAUUAUUUUUUUGUUCCGAAGCGGAAGCAGUAUAUAACUUUUUUUUUUUUCAUUGGAACGAAACUAAAGCUAGUACGAAAAACAUUUGUUCCUAUAUCCUGGUUUCAAUAUGUAUGGGACACAUUUUAAAUAUCCUUACUUUAAUCGAUGCUCUUGCUGUUGAUGCACUACCUUGGAAUACACUAUUGUGUACGUAGUGUCUAAAAGGGUUAAACAGCAUAUUUUUCUCUGCGGCAGCCACUCCUUUGUUGCACACAAUAAUUUGAAUGUUGGAAGUAAUCGGCAUUCUUGUCUCAUGUUUCUCAAAAGCAUUUCCUCUAAAAGACACCUUCAAACACUGAUUUAUCGCUUCAGCUUCACAAUGUACUUGUUCGCUUUUUCCCUCUUGAUUUACAAACUAUAAUCCGUCUGAUUCUGUCACGCCAUAAGAUUCAGCCUAGUGAAGCGGAAUUGAUAAGAAAAGAUCAAUUAGAAUCAUGGUCCUCUGGUUCAAUACCGUGUGGAACUUUGUUCAUGGUAAUGCUUAUUCCAGAAUUCAUUCUUGAUAAUACCCGGGAUGUUUCUUCUAUUGAAUAUUUACCCAUGGAAUUUUACUGUCUUGCCAUUUAGGAUCAUUCUAGGUGUUCAUUCUUUGCCCUGCUUUUUGCCGAAGGUGAACUUUCUCUUCUGUGUCACUUUUUCUGGAGGUUUUGUAGUGAUUGUCCUGUUCGUCAACGCCAGGGUACUGAUAUCCUGUCGUAUGUAUUUAAAUGAAUUCAGAUACUCUCAAGCUGAAGAACAGCGGAUUCAUAGAUUCACGCCUUUGUGGUAUCUAAUGCUCCCUUUCUUUUUAGCUGUGGAUUGUGUGUUGACAUUGUAGUAGCAUGAUGGAACUUUAUUGAGUCAUAUUAAAUAUAUUGCGCAAUGUUUCAUAAGAUAUUGUAUGUACAGCCUUUGUCAAAGAAAAAGAGCCAGUAGGAGCACGAGCGCUGCUAUGUAUUUGAGGAAUUCUUCGUGCUGGAAUGCUGUGAUGAGUGAAUACUCUUUGAUCCUUUGACAAACACAGCAGGAAGCCGACUAGACAUUUCGUAUUCAUCUGUCAUCAAUGACAUAAUGGCUUUUACUUUUGAAAAAGGCUCUACGCUUAAUGUUGUGCUACGUGGCCGGCAGAAGAUGUUUAUCCUUGAUAACACUGUUGUUCUCCACUUACUCUGCCUACUUAGUGUAUUUCUAGUAGACGAAGAAUGCUGUAUUCUCAUCCCCACUAGGUAGCAUUUGAAGAAUGUGUGAUCGCUUCUUUAGUGGCCGUGUGUUUGUGAAUGUUUAUUCAUCUGUGAGACUGGUUUCUUCCCUAUUUUUUUCUGGGGGCAUGAUAAGACGUCUUUUGUAUUCAUCUCGCAUACCUCGCUGUAGUGCCUUAGCAGCUGUGGUGUUGCACUGCUAAGCACGGAAGUCGUGGGGGUAAAAUCUCGGCCCUGGCAGCCACAUCUUUAUGGGGGCAAAAUGUGAAAAUGCCCGUGUGUUGUGCAUUGGGUGCAUGUUAAGAUUUACAAUUGGUCAAAAUUAAUAAUCAAUCCCCUACUAGAGCGUCCCUUAUAAUCAGAUGGUGGUUUUGCCACAUAAAACCCCAGAGUUCACUUAUUGUUAAAUCACAUUUUUACUGCCUGUUGGAUCUAAUAGGUGCACUCCUUCGAGGAGCCUUCUUUCUUAGGAGUCUGUUUGAGCGACAGUGGAAGAAUAGACUAGGUGUCUCAACGACGCUGCUGCGCCAAUGAUUUUUUUUGGUCGUGGAACAUUGGGAAGUCAACCACAGCACCUAGUGCGGUGUGCGGGGAUCCUCUGCCAUGUGCAUGCAUAAAAGAAUCGCUAGUAAAUUGUCCCAUAUUUGACCGUGUUACCCGUCUAAGCUUCUUGUGAGCCUUUGGGAACCAUGCUUAGGUAUGUCCUCCUAAAUAUUUAAACUUAGUAGCACUAUACAAACCUAAAUGUGCUUCGCAACUCGUGCAAGUCCCCUGUAGAGACUAUAGAUUACUGGGGGAGCCACAAAUAAAUAAUUUCUGGGGGUACUAGGCCACGGUUUCAGAGCUUUACGAUACGACUUCACGGGCACACAUGGGACAAAGCACAGAAAGGCGGUUUCAGCAGGAUUCAUUGUGACACUGGCAAAUUGGCUCCUUGAAUUGUGCUGCUUGUUGUCACUAACAUUGUACUUAUGCUGUUUAAAGCGAAAGCUACCCUACAGAAGUGGUCGCACAUCAAAUCAACACUUCUGUGCCCACCGUGGUAGCUCUACAGCUAUAGCACUGCCCAACAUCGCAGGUUCGAUCCCCACUGUGGCAGCCGGAUUUCAAUGGGAGUGAAAUGCAAAAUGUUCAUGCACUUACAUUUAUGUGCACAUUUUUCAAGAGUACCAGGGUAUCAAAAUUAUUCUGGAGUCCGCCACUACAGCGUGUCUCAUAAUUAGAUUGUGGUUUUAACACUUACAGUCCCAUAAUUCUGCCAACACUUCUGCUGUGAUGUGAUGUGCCAUGUGAAGCAGUGGCAAUGCUCAGCCCUGCAUAAACACUAAGUUUAUUUUUUUCAUUAAGUAACAUCUCGCAACACUCAGUAGUGAGAGAGCAUACCCUGAGCACCAGGUGCAUACUGAAAUUAAUAAAUUGCACACAUUGUUCGAAAUGCAUGCACUGGAAGAAUAAAAGUGCAAUUUUGAAAAUUCGAUAAACAAUCAUGACUGCACAGACAUUUCCCAGCUGGAUAUAUAUUAAUGCUUGAAUGAUGCUCUGAGUAGCUAGGGUAAUAUUAUAACAAUUCUUUAUGACCAAAGCAAUGCGUAAAAAGGAGCUGUACUCACAAAUUAGAAACUUCAAAGGUUCUUGUACAUCCAAACCAAAAUGUAUGCACUGCAUUGAUUGCCUGCUCAGCUCAGUACAUCUCUAUCAUUGCCUGCAUGUUAACGCACAGUCGAGGCUACAGUGCAGCAGUUUUCACCUGCGACGCAACACAAGCACAUCUAGACAAGCACGGGCGAAAAACUUGCUGAAAACACCAACUACGACAUUGUUUGACGAUGCAUGACCAUACUGCAAAUCAAGAUCAUAGAGAGAGUUCACUAGGUGUUUCCUGGUUGCAUAUUCACUUUUUCUUCGCAAACACCAUGGCAAGAAGUAAUACAGAAGCGGCAAGAGUGAGUAGUGCCAUGGAAAAAGUAACAUUGUGCAUUAAAAGGUUGUUCUGUAGCAAAAUAUGUUAGCACAGGGCCUCCCGCUGCUAGCAGACAGAACAUGAUGGUCCUCCAGCACUGUAGCGCUCCUGUCGACAAAGGGAGGAAGCCUGAACGGAAUUGUAGUCCGCUCACUCUGCACGCAGAUGGUGCCGUCGAGACACGUGUCUCUUCUUCCACUGUGGUUUGAGCCAUGUCAUCUUCUUGUAUAUAUAGAAAUAACCUCACUGUAAUUCUUUGUUAAAAACCCAAUUCUUCUUUCUCCUACUACCACUAUAUUUUGCAUUUCAUUGUGUUGGGUGCUCCAUAAAAGUUGAGUGAUAGCACUUGGACGUUUAUUUAUUUUUCCCACUGAAAACCCUUUUUAUGAGGUUUUUUCAUUAGCACUAGCAUCUGUGCAUUCCUAUUUUGCUAUUAAGUGCAAUUUGGG